GAAACACUUCUGGCGGAUCAUUGAUCUUUGAGAAUAGUUCUCUCUGUAACGUUUCUACUUCUAGGGUUCUUUCUCUUUCUUGAUAACAAACAAGUUGAUCUUCACUUCAGGUUGUCCCUUUCGAAGGUUUUAAUUCCUCAAAUUUCGGAAUUUCCUAGUACAGAGUUGUCUCUGCUCUGUUUUUGUCUCUGUUCGAUAUUUGGGCAUUUGUUUUGGUUCGAAAACUUGCCAAUAGGGUAGUGAAAAAAAUUUGAUCUUUUUUUGCUUUUCAUGGGUUUGGGUCUGGAAAUGUCUGAGGCUGAGGAGAUAUUAGCGUGGUGGACAAAUGGGUUCAUUUUAAAUUUUCAUUUUUAUUUAUUUUUUAUUUUUUUAAGUUUAGAGUUUGGCAAUGGUUUCUUGAUGUUUACAAAUGAAGAUCAGCCAUUACUGUAGGACUUGUGCUGUUUUGCACGUUAAAGAAAGUGGGUGUUGAAAAUGUGGCUUGUUUGGAAUUUCUCUUCUAAACCAAAAAGAGUUUGUUUAGGGCCUCUGUCAAUGUAAACCAAUGUCCCCAAUGUGACUUUUUUCACUCUACAUGGUCCAUACAACCAAAUGAUUGAAUUUAAUUGGCGUGCCUACGAUGCAACACCUAAGGAACUGUAUGUAAGUUUUGCCCAUAGUGGAAAAUUUGAGCAGAAUAAUAGCAUGGUGAAGGGAAGGGAAAGACUAAUUCAUUGGGCAAAUUUGGUCCCAAUGUAAAUGUCACAUUGGGUACAUUGGUUUAACAAGGCCUUACAUAAACUCUUUUAGUUUUGAAGAGAAAAUCCAAAGAAGUCACAUUUUUCCUGCUCACUUUAAUGUGCAGAAGUUUGUUGUUUCCUAUACAUCUAAAUGUAGGCCCUAAACUUAAGUAGAGACGAGUGGUCUUUCCUCUAUGUAAGGCUAGAGACAACUUUGGAGGUUUAAAUCGUAGCAUUAUCUGCUCUAUGGUCUAUAUUGACUUUCGGAUUGUUUUUGGAAGGUUUGGUGGCAAAUAGAUUUUUUGAAAUGAAUUGAAUUCAAUGUGGAUCAUUUGAAAAUUGUGAUUUUGCAUAUUUCUAAGUGACCUUUUCCUUUAUGGGUUGUUAACAUAUUAAAGAAGCUCUGAGGCUUAAAUUUUUAACUAGAAGUUUUGUUUUUUGACAGUUUAAGUUUUGAGAAUUGUUAUGAGAUGCACCAGGAAUAAAUGACAUGGCAUCUGCCAGUGAAAGUAAUAUUGGCCAUUUUGAGUAAUAUUAACUUACCUUUGUGAAAACCAAACAAAAAGCUGUAGAAGGCUAGUAUAGAUGAUUUUCAUUCCUAUAAUCUGUUUUUGCUUUAGGAUAUAAUUAUAAAUUCUUUACUAAUUAAUUAUUAUUUUUUUUAAUUUUUGAAUUUCGUAUAAUCUUUGUCAUCUUUUAGUUUUUUUAGUUUUAUAGAUUUUUUUAGCUUACAGCAUACUUCCUAGGAAAUUAAGAAUAUUAUGUGAGGGAAUUAUCUUCUAGAUUUGAUGGACUACAGGUACUUGACAUAUAUUUUUGGUGGUUCGAAUCAGAAAAUGUCCAGUGGAGGGGUUCCAGGUGGGGCUCCAACAAAGAUUAUUAAUGUUGGAGCUUCUUGCCAAAGUAACCAUGGAAUGAACCAUACGGCUUCCCAUCAGGAGAAUGCCUGCAAUGCAGUUGUUGAAAGAGCAGCAAAGAAGAAAAGGGAAUCAAGAAUUAUUGGUGGAGGACUGCGCCAGUUCAGUGUUAUAGUUUGUCAGAAGUUGCAGAGCAAGGUUAGGACUACAUAUAAUCAGGUUGCAGAUGAAAUAAUUGCAGAUUUUGCUGGAACACAUAGUGAUACAGUAGUGCCUUUGGAGUCUGAUGAGAAGAAUAUAAGACGACGGGUAUAUGAUGCACUAAAUGUUCUUAUGGCGAUGGAUAUCAUUGCCAGAGACAAAAAGGAAAUCUGGUGGAAGGGACUCCCAGAAACAAAUAUGAAGGAUUUGGAAGAGCUUAAGGCAUUGCGUGCUGAGAUGAUGAAUAGGAUUGGAAAAAAAGUAGCCUACAUGAAAGAUAUAGAAGAACAGAUUGUAGGUCUCCAGAAUUUGAUGGCACGCAAUCGUCAGUUACUUGAGUGUGGAAGUGCCUCUCCAGAAGGAAGAUUUUCUUUGCCUUUUCUACUGGUUCAAACAACCCCUCAAGCUACGGUUGAGAUAGAGAUUUCUGAAGACAUGCAAUUGGUGCACUUUGACUUUAAUAGUUCACCCUUCUCCUUGCAUGAUGAUGCUUCCGUUCUGAAGAUGAUGCGGUACAACCAACAGCCAGAAUGUAGAGAUGUUUCUCCAAGUUCUUUUAUGCAGUCUUCUUCAAGCUCAGGCACUUCUCAAGGCCCCAAACCCUUUCAUUGGAACUCUGAAACACACUCUCUGAGAUGAACAUAUAUUGGAAAGCAUAAGUAGGUUUGUUGUAAUGUAAGAAGGGAAAAGAAAUAGGAAAAGCACACGUUUAAAUGCAUCACAGCUGAUGUUUAUACGUCAAUAUAUUUUGUUGUUUAAAAUUGUUUUUGGAUAUCAGCAGCAGUUGCAUGUUUGCUUUUGAUUUUUAG